UAUUUUCUAGUUCAGUUUAGAAAAACUGAACCUAGGAGAUUUUCAGUCAGUUAGAUGUUUGAGAACUGUAUCAGUGGCUUUUCAUCACUUCCUCAUUUCCAGUUAUUCUUAAAACCCGGUGACCCUACCCUAGUCGUGCCGUGACGCGGCCGCUGCCCACCGUGACACUGUCAUCGAAGGAGAGCUCCAACGAAAACCCACGAUGAUCCUGUCCUAAGCCUGUCGUGACGCAAUCGUUGUCCAUCGUUGUCGUCGAAAGAAAACUCCCACGAAAACCCACGGUGCCCUGCCCUGGCCCUACCGUGACGCGGCUGUUUCCCACCGUGACCCUGUCCGCAUUUGCUAUUGCUCCAGUCGUCGAGGGACCUUGUCGUAGUUGUUGCUGUUCGCUGCCGUACCGACUGUCGAGUAGCUUUUCUUGGAGCAAAGUGUGGAUUUUGAGAACUACAAGUUCAUAGGGAAUCUCUGUUGCUACUUAUACUGUCCAUGGUCAGUUUAUAUUAUGUUCCGUCGGCUAUUUGGUAUUGGAAGAAAUUCUGGUUUUGUUCACGGUUAUCGACAAGGAUACAUUUACCAGCAGAAGUUUAGUCUGGUGAACAUAAAAUUGAAAUGGGUAAAAGAUAGGACAUUGGAUGCUGUUGUUGCUGGUCAAAGGGAUGUUAAGGCAACUGGAAUCCUUGUCUCCAUAAUUCAUUCUUCUUCCCAAUGCUGCCUUCCAAUAUACCAUCUUUCUCGCUAUCGUGGACAACUUGGUCUUCCCAGUGAACUCAAACUCUCUACCUUUAUAAGAAGAUAUCCGAAUAUAUUUGUUGAGUCCUGUUUUCUUGAUAGUGGAGGCUCUCCUGUCCCAUGGUUCAGUCUGAGUCCUGAAGCCUUGGAGCUUCACCAACGGGAAGUCAGCAUCCUUCAGCAAAGUCAAUUGGAACUCAGGGAUAGGCUAUGCAAAUUGCUUAUGCUCACGACUCAUAGGAUCCUUCCACUACAAACCAUUGACCAGUUAAAAUGGGAUUUGGGUUUACCGUAUGAUUACCAGCAUUCUUUUAUUCCAAAUCACCCUGAAAGAUUCACAUAUGUUCGCCUUCCUGAUGAUCGUGUUGGGUUGAAAUUGUUAUUUUGGGAUGACAAACUUUCCAUCUCAGAGUUACAGAAGAAUAGUUCUCUACAGCAAAAGGUAGAAGAUAUAAAAAAUGGAUCGUUAGCAUUUCCAGUUAGUUUUACCAGGGGUUUUGGUUUGAAAAGAAAAUGCAUGGAGUGGCUGAAAGAGUGGCAGAAACUCCCCUAUACUUCACCUUAUGCCGAUGCCUCUCAUUUGGAUCCCCGCACUGAUGUAUCUGAGAAAAGGAUUGUUGGAGUCUUCCAUGAGCUCCUUCACCUUACACUUCAUAAACAAACUGAGCGCAAGAAUGUCAGCAACUUGCGCAGACCCCUGUCACUGCCGCAGAAGUUUACUAAAGCGUUUGAACGUCACCCUGGUAUAUUUUAUAUUUCCAAGAAGAGUGACACCCAAACAGUUGUUCUCAGGGAGGCCUAUUACGGUCAAGAACCUGUGCAGAAUCAUCCCCUCCUACAAAUUAGAGAGGGAUUCGCAAGCCUGAUGAAGAAAGGGCUGUUGGAUAGGAGUAGAGGUGUAUACAAAAGAAACAGAGAUACUAAUUCGGUGGAUGGUUUGAGAAACGAGGUUCGCAUUGCUGAUAAAACUAACCAGAUUAGUUCUAAGGAUAAAUCAGAUUCCAUGUUUUAUGAUUAUGAUUCAGAUAGCCCUCUACAGAGCCCUUGCCGAUAUAUAUGAAUGUGGUAUUUUUUAUUUGGCCACUGUCUUAGUGUGGCUUGGAUUAGUGAGAAUCUUAAAUAUGGCCUAGAGAGGAUGUAAAUAUUAGUACUGUUCAGCCACCUCCUUCUGCUACCUUAUUUAUGAAGUUCUGUCAACAACCAAGCAUAUCAGCAAUGCUAUCAUCUUAACAAGGAGGGCCAUUUUCGGAUUAGAUGCAAUAUUCUGGAAUAAGGGUACAGCUCAAUCUCGUUAGAAGAUUACUGACAUGGGAUAUAUUUAAGACACAUAAAAAGCUACAAUUCAAUUCACUGUAAGAAAUUUAUGUAUCAAUUUUUAUGGGAGUUAAAAAUUUAGCUCAAAA